AGACCCAAGCUCCCAAGCGGGCGCCAGCGAGCGCAGCUCCCGCGAGUUAGCGGCCAUUGUUGCGUGAUAUCCACGCAUACUCGACCCAAUCAGCAACGUUUCAAUGUUUCGACUUUUAGCUGAAGGCCUCGACCAUUGAAAAGCUUUCUCCCUCCUGCCUGCUCGCUCGUCAAACGCAAGAAAACCAAAAGAUCCCUGAAACCCUAACAUUGAGAAAACCACAAUCCUUAACAAAAAAAAAGCAGAGAUGGCAGAUCCAAGAAGAGAUCGAGGAGCAGAAGACGAUCUCCGUCGCCUCUACAACCCCUACCAAGAUCUCCAGGUCCCGAUCAAAACCCUCUACAAUCUCCCUACUUCUCCUGAAUUCCUCUUCCAAGAAGAAUCCAUUGCUCAGCGCCGCUCUUGGGGCGAGAACCUCACCUACUACACGGGCUCUGGCUACCUCACCGGGGCCAUAGCUGGUGCUGGCAAGGGCUUUGUCGACGGCGUCCGAUCCUCCGAGCCUGGCGACACGCUCAAGCUCCGCAUCAACCGGAUCCUCAACGCCUCAGGCCAGACUGGCCGUACGUUUGGAAACCGCGUUGGUGUGAUUGGGCUUCUAUACGCUGGUCUCGAGAGUGGGAUUGUGGGUUUUAGAGACACUGAUGAUGUGGUGAACAGCGUGCUGGCGGGGUUGGGUACGGGAGCUCUGUUUAGGGCGGCGCAGGGGCUGCGGUCUGCAGCUGUGGCUGGAGCCAUUGGAGGGUUGAUGGUUGGAGCUGUGGUGGCUGGUAAGCAGCUUCUGAAGAGACAUGUGCCCAUCUAGGGGCUGGCUGAAGUUUGAAGCGUUGAACCAUCUUUAGUCAUCGAAGUUGAUACUUGCCCGUGCUCUUGGUCGCUGAUUGCCUAUGCCCCGGGGGGCAUGAAGUUCCUAUAGUCGGAAGCUCUGUUGGGCCCACAGAGAUGCCCGUGACAAAUCUACUCCUACUCCGUCCAUCCAUUUUGUAAGACCAUAAGAGUACAAGAUUCUAAAAAUCAGGCAGAUCCAAAACUCAUGCGGGCCAUACCAUAGAAACAGCAGGGAUUGAACACAUAUCAUCGUAAACUUUGUGGGAGCCACAUAAGUUUUGUACCAGGAUGAUAUUCGUGCCUACAGUUUAUCUGAGUGGUAAUAUCCCUAUGAACGGUUUGGAUGGCAUGUAAACAUCUUGGUCAGCUUCAGAAAAGUUUCAACAGUGUACAUUUCUGCUCACACUGUUUUGUUUGGUGUGGAGCUUGAUUUUUAGACUUCUAUUCUAUUGUGGUAUUGUGAAAUUGAUGAACUGAGUGGAUUUGUUCCAGGCA